UAUAAACGUGUAUGAUACAUUUUGACAACUCAACAGUUUUCUUCAUAUAUCAAUAUUUUAAAUCAUAUAUAAAUUGUUGUUUUAGUAAAUAGAUUGAAUUAUCAACAUUCAAUGUAUAAUAUGUCUUCGGCAGAAGAAUUAUGGCGUGAGUGCGCUGCUUGGCUGACUAGAUGUAAAAUUAUCCCAGCAGAUCAUAAAGCAAACCAACCGGACUCGGAAAUAAAAGCACUGGCAGCUAUUCUUCGAGACGGGGUGUUAUUAUGCGAUUUGCUCAAUUUUCUCGAUUCCACAUCCUUUGAAAUGAAGGAUUUUAACAGGAAGCCUCAAAUGGCACACUUCUUAUGCAUCCAAAAUAUAAAACUUUUUCUGGAGGCUUGUAAAACCAAUUUCGGACUCAAAGAAUCGGAUCUGUUUGAGCCAACUAUGUUAUACGAUCUCAGUAAUUUUCACAGAGUAUUAGUAACACUUUCAAAAUUAUCACAAAGUCGGAAGGCUCAAUUAGGACGAAAUAUUACUGGCUUCUGCAUUCAUGACACACAAUGUGACAAAAACAACUUUAAUGAGGACAUAUAUAAAGAGCUACAUGUGGCAUCAAAUUAUUUUACUACAAACGAGAAUGAACUAAAAGAAACAGUUAAUGCCGUCAAUAUUGAAAAGUCUGAGGAAUCGGUUUGGCAUUCCUUGUUUGAUACAGGAUUGAACGAAAUCUACGAUGCAGUUCCCGGUGUAGAUAAAAUCUACGAGGAUUUGUGUUAUGUUACUUUCUCAUCUACAGUGCCACAGAUUGCAACUGCGGCUAACUUUGAACAAAGAGAUUUUGUGAUAAAGGAACUGGUAGAUACGGAAACGAAUUACUUGGAAGCAUUAAACGCUCUCAAAUAUAAGUUUCUGCAGCCAUUGGAAAGGAUACUUUCAAAGGAUAUUAUAGUCGUUAUUUUUCCAUGUAUAAAGGAAUUAGCCGACAUUCAUGAAAAGUUCUUGGAAAAGCUACAGGAAGCUGCAAUGGUAAAUUCAAAAGCCAAAUUGAGCACUGUUUUUCUUGAGUUUCGAGAACCAUUCCUUAUCUAUGGGGAUUAUUGCUCCAGUAUGACAAGCGCAACUGAUACGUUACGAGAUGUAUGCAAAAAGUCAAGCGAAGUGGAUCAGAUUAUCAAUCAAUGCCAAAAAGAACACAGCGGUGGACGCCUGCAGUUACGUGAUAUAUUAUCUGUACCAAUGCAAAGGAUUUUGAAAUAUCAUCUAUUAUUAGACAAGCUAGUACAAGAAACCAGCCCGUCACACGAUGAUUUUCGUGGUCUAGAACGAGCUAAAGAAGCGAUGGUUGAUGUAGCACAAUAUUCCAAUGAAGUUAAGCGCGACUCCGAACACUUGGUGGUUAUACAGAAAGUGAAGGAGAGCAUUCUCGAUCUGAAUAUGCCUAACGGUAAUAAUUUGGAACAGUAUGGACGUUUAUUAUUGGAUGGAGAUUUACAUAUUAAAGCCCACGAAGAUCAAAAAACAAAACAUCGGUAUGCAUUCGUUUUUGAAAAAGUAAUGAUAUUAGUAAAAAAUUCUAAUGCCAAAAUUGGGGACGGUCAAUAUGUUUUCCGCGAAGCCCAUAAUUUGCAAGAUUAUCGUGUCGAGAUCUGUCAUUCACGCCGAACGCUGGGACGGGACGGGCGCCUAAAAUAUUCUCUGCUGCUUGCAAGAAAAACACAAUCAACAGCCUUUACUCUAUAUAUGAAAACGGAGGAAGAACGAGAUAAAUGGAAGCGAGCUUUUGAUUUGGCGAUGGAAGUUAUAGACCCAAUCGGGUGCCGGAACACUGAUCAUAGAUUUUUUGUACACACUUUUGAAGCUCCCGUUAUCUGCCGACAUUGCUCGAAGUUUCUUAAAGGAAAAAUACACCAGGGCUAUCGAUGUAAGAGCUGUGAAAUAGUGGUGCAUAGAGGAUGCAUUUCUUCUACAGGUAGAUGUAAGCAAAAUCAGUCACCCCCGCCAAUUUGUGAUAGAAUAUUGUCGGAGUUCAAUUGGUUUGUUGGAGCUAUGGAUCGAGAUACCGCAACAAGCAAAUUGGAACGGAAAAAUAUUGGAACCUAUCUGUUACGUCUCCGUCCACAAGGUGCAUCGAAUUCUUAUGAAACAAUAUAUGCAUUAAGUUUAAAGACGGAUAAUAAAAUUAUUAAACAUAUGAAAAUUUACCAAAAGAAAGAAAAUUCAACAGUUCUAUACUAUUUAUCGACCCGGCGGCAUUUCAAAACAAUUGUAGAACUUGUUUCUUUCUAUGAACGUAACGACUUAGGAGAGAAUUUCGCGGGGUUGAACCAGUCUCUACAAUGGCCAUACAAAGAAGUUAUUGCUACAGCGUUAUAUGAUUUUUUUCCAAGUGAACCAAAUCAAUUACCCUUGAGGCAAGGAUGCCAAGUUGUUGUAAUAGGAAAGGAAGGAGAUAGCAAAGGAUGGUGGCGUGGUAAAAGUAUGGAAAAGGUUGGAUUCUUUCCUAAAGAGUAUGUUCGAGAGAACCAUACGGUUAUGGAUGAUCAAUGACAAUAUGACAACACAUAUAUGAUCUACAUAGAAUCGUAUGUAGGAUGUAAGAAUUUCUACUACUCUGCUAAAUAACUUCACUAUCACUGUUAUUGUUAUUAUUCUGGAAUAAAAGUAAAACAAUUCAAAUUUCUGAAACGA